GUAUAUAGGUACAAGGUGAUAUCACCGUGAGCCUAACCAUAUCGCACCUGACAGUAGUUGUGAGGUCAUGAGAUUCUAGUAUUCAGUUUGUUACAUAAGUCACACUUCAUAGGAGUGGAACUGGUCAUAUUAUGCAGAAGCAUGGUCAAAGAAGUUUGAAAUGAAAAUUGGAGUACAAUCAAUCACAUUAGUACUGACUCUCCUGUCUUGCUACUGCUUACUUCUAUAUACUCAGCUACCUUGGAAUUAACCAUUCUGGAGAUACUAUUUACAAAGAAAGAAGUAAAAAAGAAUUAAGAAUCUCAGGAAAAACAAAGCACCUAGUCCAAAUUCCCCUCUAAAUUUCUAAAGUCUUUGUUGAACAACUGGCUAUCCUCUUCAAAACUAUGUUGAAUGAGUCACUUGAAAUUUCGUAAAGACCAGAUCUGAGGCAGUAAUCACAGUAAUACCAAACACAGGUUGAGAAGGAAAAUGGAAAACAUCAAUAAUGUCAUGAUGGCAACGGCAAGCACCUUGUCUUCCCACACUACUGAUGCACGCAGGAAUACUGUCAAAUACAUGCAAACUUCAUACUUCUACAGAUUAAACGUGCUGGCUGUAUCUAUUCCCAUCUGCAUCGUUGGAUUAAUAGCUAAUGCAAUUGUCUUGUGCCUUUACUGCUUCAAGAUCAACAAGCCAAAGUUAGGCCCAUAUUUUUUGAGUGUGACCUUUGCAAACCUUAUUGUAAUCUUGUCCAACCUUGAAGUGGCUGCUUUUCUACUCGCAGGAGUGGAAACCUCUUCAGUGAUUCAACGUCUAGUGGAGAUACUUCAUAUAUUUGCAUAUGACACAAAUAUAUACGUCGUAACAUUUCUCACUGCUGACAGAUUCCUCAUUGUCUAUUUCCCAGUCUGGUGGCAACAUCGCCGGACCAAGCAUUUCACGGUAAUGAUGUGUGUGAUUUUGUGGCUCGUUUCUGGCCUAGAGUCACUGGUGGAAUAUUUUUCCUGCUAUGCAACACUCAGUACUUGGGCUUAUAACACCUGUAGAACUGCAAGCGUGCUGGCACUCAUCAUGGAGGUCAUUAUUUUUUCCUCCUGCAUUUUCUGUUUCUCUUUUGCCAUUUGGAUCAGAAUGCAAAGAUCACAGCCAAAGCAUCGAGCAAGACUUGACAUAACCAUUGUGGCCAUAGCAAUUCUUAUUCUUUUGCUUACUGUCCCAGUUAGACUUGUUAAUAUUAUUUCACUUUGGGUAAGAGCAAUAGAUUAUUAUAUGUUCACUAGCAUUAGUCUGUUACUGGAUUCUUGUACCUGCAGCGCCAUUCCUUUUGUAUUCCUCAUUGUUGGAAACUGGAAGAGGCAGAAAGGCUUUGAACCCUUCUAUAUGUUUCUUGAGAAGGCUUUAAACGAUACUGAAGACACAUCAGAGCCAACAGCAGAGGACCAGGAGCAGGCAUGACAAUAUCCUUGGCCUCAGAAGUAAUUUCUUUUAAAAAAAAAUGUGUAUGUUUUAUGGAGAGAAAAACAACGUUCCUUCCAAGUUUCAGAAUAAAUUUAUUU